AUGUCUUCAGAUUCUACCAAAGAGCUCAAGUUUCUGUCACUUGAUGGAGGCGGCGUCAGGGGUCUCUCGUCUCUGUUCAUUCUCAAGAAUGUCAUGGAAAGAGUGGGAUCUAAGAUGAAGAGGAGAGAUCUACAACCAUAUCAAUAUUUUGAUCUUAUCGGUGGAACAAGCACUGGCGGUAUCAUCGCAUUGAUGCUUGGCCGGAUGAGAAUGAGCAUCGACGAUUGUAUCACUGAGUACCAAAGGCUGGGCAGCAUUGUCUUUGGCAAGCGACGCCAUGGCGAGUACAUGUUCGAUGAGAAGGUCCUUGUUCGUGAGACGAAAGCUGUAGUAUUGAAGUACUUGGGCAACGAGGAUGCUCCGCUUUUGGAUCCCCUUGAAGAUGAUGCCUGCAAAACCGUUGUCUAUACCUUGCCAUUCAAGAACGCAGUCCAGCAAUCGGCCACAGCGCUACGCACUUACAUCAAUGAAGACAAAGAUCCGAACCCGAAGAAAUGGACAAUAUGGGAGGCUGUCAGAGCUACGUCAGCCGCAACAACAAUUUUUGAGCCUUUUAUCCACGGCCCACCUGGAAAGCAAAUUCGAUACAUUGAUGCAGGUUUUGGAUACAACAACCCGAGUGAUCUCAUCCUACAAGAGGCUAGAAGUCUUUGGGAGGGAGAUCACUAUCUGUCCCUCCACACAGAUGUAGGAGUAUUCCUCAGCCUCGGAACAGGCAUGGGUGAAAUCGUCCGGAUGGACAACGACACCGUCAUGGAAGGUCUCUCUGCGAAGAUCCGUGCUCCCGUCAAAGCCAUCGAGGUCAUGAAGAAUAUUGUCACCGGCACAGCUACCAUCCACAGGAAUGUAGCCGAGCAAUUCGGAAUCAACAGCGUUCGCUAUUAUCGCUUUAAUGUGGACCAUGGCCUUGAAGCUGUGAAGCUGUUCGAUUACAAGAAGACUGAAGAUAUGGAAGUCGACACGUUGGCAUAUCUUGACAAGAUUGAGGUUGGAAAGGAGUUGAAGAGAUGUGUGGAAGUUAUGAAAGUCCUUCCAUUGAGGGAACCAAGUCUACUCGACAACCAGAACGAAGAGGCGAAUGUGUACAGCUUGGGAGCAAAUGGAAGUCCAGAGGAACAAAGGCUUAUGGACAGACUCAAUGCUUUGAGGAUGUAG